GCAGGAAAUCGAAACUUACUGAUACCAAAAGUAAGAAGCAGUUUCAGUGAAAACAGGAUGAAACGCUGCUACUGUUGAACCUCGACGAGCAUCGAUCAAAAUGGACUCUGGUCAAAGUCCAUCAACGUCCAAAAUAAUUUGCGCCCUGUGCAAAACAUCAGAUGAAACCGAAACCACUGGACCACUGUCAUCCAAAGAGGACAUCUCUGCACACCAAAACUGUUUGUUGUUUUCAUCAAAUAUCUACUGCAAGAACUCACCCAUAUAUGAUGACCUGUUUGGAUUUGAUUUAGAAGAUGUAAAGAAAGAGCAGCGGAGAGGAAAAAAACUUCGUUGCUACUUCUGUAACAAAUCUGGUGCUACAGUAGGAUGUGAAAUAAAGCGAUGCCAACGCUCAUUUCAUUAUCCUUGCGCCAUAAAGGCCGAUGCCAGAGCCGUUGAAGACGUCUCUACAGAAACAUACAGAGUGUAUUGUAAAUCCCAUGAUCCAAAACCCAUAGAAAUAAAUGAUGAAAUUGAUGAUGAUGUUGACCCUGUGGUGGCUCCAGUAGAGAAACAUGUACUUCCAGAACAGCACAAUCAAUCAACUCCUGACCCUGAACGUACAAGGCUCAGUGAAGAGGUCAAUACACCAGCAAAAGGUUCAUCAACUAGAGGUUUAACAUCUGAUCAGAGGUCUUGUGGGACAGCAGACAAGCGCAGGAAGGAAUGUGAUUCUCCAGAACACACACUAGAACUCAAAACACCAACCAGAAGGAAAAAAAUCAGACGUCUUGAAUACCCAGAUGACGAAAACCCCACCAGUGCUGAUGCUGUAAUGGCUCCAGAAGUUUCAGCUCCAGAGGAGUCCAUGACUGUUAAUCAACCCGACCAUUCCACUCCUGUGCCUGAAAAUAGGAGGUCCUGUGAAAAGUUCAAUCCAUCAACCACAGGUGCUGAUGAUGAUGAUGAUGCUGAUGAAACUGACAUUGAAUCAGUGAGUCAAUCUGUGCUGAACAAAACACACUUUCGUCACAUCGAAGAGUCUCGGAGUGUGUUAACGUCUGAAUUAGACACUAUGCCAUGUAUUGUUAUUGUAGAUUCGGGACCCUCAUUGGAAUCAGACAUCAGUCUAGGAUCUUGUUCCCCUAAAAGUCCUGGUCCAGCGAUUGAGUCUGACACUGUCCCUAAACAGGAGAAAAAAACACCCGCAAAAAGUGCAUCUCCAGCUCCCAAAGCUCUGACCACCAAAACUUUCACACCACAAGACCCUGCGCCAAACCAGAAGUGUGUGAGCGAUGGUCCAUCAGUGUCACCACAGCAUUCAAGCCCCACAGCAGGCUUAAGAAUAUCCUCAGUAUGCACACUAGCACGAUCUGCCAUCAAAAAAGAGCGGCUGCCAGAUCCUCCAACAGAAGUAGGCACUAGUGAUUCAGAAAACUCUGUGCCAAACUGCCCGUCCGGAGCUGCCAAAUUCUGGAUGAGAUGCAAUCAGGCUGGGUGGACUGAAGGAAUCUUCUCGGAGCUCAUGUCUCUGCUGUGCAGCCUGGGACAAAGAGUGCAGUCGGAGCAAGCCAGUGACCAGGACUAUGAUCUUGCUCUCGAAGUGCUGAAGGGAUCUGGACAACUGCCUUCUAUUAUUGCUCGGGUGGAGAAAGAUUUGGAGAGGCAGGAACAGGAUUUACAGAUGAAAAAAGCAGCACUGCGUGUUGCCAAAGCUGCACUGCGUGAUUGAUAUAUUACCGUAUAAUAGUGUUGUUAUCAUGCAGUUAUUGUUGUAUAAAGGAACAAAACAUCCUUUCUGUUUCGAUGUGUAGAAUUCAAAAAACUAAUCAAGCAGUCUUUUAUAAAUGAGUCGUGUGCAAAAUGUUUACGAAAAUGUUGGGUUAAAGUUUUCAAUUGUUUUACAUCAGUGACAACAAUCUCCUGAAAUGUACCACGCUAUUUUGAUAUCCGUCUUAUUUUCUAAAUAAACUGAAAAUUGCAGACAAGAAACAUUGAUCCUGUUGAAUCUUUCCUUACAAGAAAAAUCAUUUUGGAAUCCUGUAGAAAAAACAAUCCCACACACCAGAUAUCUGCACAUUCCCACAGGAUUUUGCGAUCAUUUUUCUGUAGGACUUC